GCCCUCCGUAGUUUUUAGUGCCGCCUGCUGGCUGUGAAGGCGGAAGUUCCAGCAGGCUCACCUCCUUCUGUCCAAUAAUUCAUUCCCGUUUUUUGGAAAAAAGGUGAAAAGGAAUACAGAUUUAUCUGCCCAGACAUGUCUACUGCCUACAAGAACAGAAUCCAGGAGUUUAAAUCAGCGUUGGGGGAGGAGAACAUCAACCUGACGACCCUCAGGGAGCUGAGCUUCAGCGGAAUCCCUCACGAAGAAGGAAUCCGCUCGCUGUGCUGGAAGAUUCUGCUCAACUACCUGCCGGUCGAUCAAACAUUAUGGGAGUCUUUCCUCAAAAAGCAAAGGGACGUCUACUCUCAGUUCCUCAGAGAAAUGAUCAUCCAGCCCGGCAUCGCCAAGGCCAACCUGGGCCUGUCCAGAGCAGAUGUAACGUUGGAGGACCAUCCUCUGAAUCCAAACCCAGACAGCAGGUGGAACAACUACUUCAAAGACAACGAGAUCUUGCUGCAGAUCGAUAAGGAUGUGAGGCGGCUGUAUCCCGACAUGGCGUUCUUCCAGCGGCCCACGGAGUAUCCCUGCCAGCUGAUCCUGGACCCUCAGAACGACUACGAGACGCUGCGUCGACGGGUGGAGCAGACCACUCUGAAAGCCCAAACGGUCAAUCGGAACCGCAGCGGGGUCACAAACGUCAGCUCUCCUGGGAGAGCUCUGAACCUGUAUCCAUCUAACGAGUACGAGGUGCUUCCUAACGGCAGUGAAGCUCAUUGGGAGGUGGUGGAGCGGAUCCUCUUCAUCUACGCCAAACUCAACCCCGGGAUCGCCUACGUCCAGGGAAUGAACGAGAUCGUCGGGCCCAUUUACUACACGUUCGCCACGGACCCCAGCAGCCAAUGGAAAGAGCACGCCGAGGCCGACACAUUCUUCUGUUUCACCAACCUGAUGUCGGAGAACCGGGACAACUUCAUCAAGAGCCUCGACGACUCCCAGUGCGGCAUCACCUGUAAGAUGGAGAGCGUCUACUCCAUGCUGAAGGAGAAGGACCUGGAGCUGCACCUCAAGCUGGAAGAACAGAACAUCAAGCCUCAGUACUUCACCUUCCGCUGGCUCACCCUGCUGUUAUCCCAGGAAUUCCUCCUGCCGGACGUCAUCCGGAUCUGGGACACCCUGUUCUCUGACAAGGACCGGUUCCACUUCCUGCUCCUGGUCUGCUGUGCCAUGCUCAUACUCAUCAGGGACAACUUACUGUCUGGAGAUUUCACCACCAACAUGAGGUUACUGCAGGAUUAUCCCAUCUCAGACGUCCACACCAUUCUGACCAAGGCCAAAGAGCUGCAGGAGAACUGCUAACCAGAUGUCCUCCUGCUGAUGUGUGGUAGGUGGAGUCCAAACAUUUCUCAUGGACGGACACUGAAGAGCCUGGAUUAUUCUGUGGGAACAUGCAGGUUCAACCUAGGAGGAAACAUCUGGGAGAAGGAGACGUCUCAGGUCUUCCUCCUUCUCGUCUCGCAGCCGUUUUUCCUUCAGACACAUGAAGUGAUCAGAAAAUGAUGCUUUUAUUGAUCAUCUGGGGGAGAAGGAACCCCAGAUGAUCCAACACUACAGACUGGAUUGUCAGGAGGACACCUGCAGAUCUGAUGUUUGAUCAGAACAUCUGAGAUCUGCUUUUAAUGUUUAAUGUCAAACAUUCGGGCCUUUUCUGUUUAUGAAGCAGCGUUCCUGAGAACUAGGAAGCAAUGAUCUCCACAUGUUUGGUGUUUUAUCUUCAGCUUCUCUUCAGUGAUCCAACAGAGAGCUCCUCAGCAUGGUGUCACAUCGCAGUGAGAACGUCGUGAUCUGGUUCUUGAAUUAACCAGAAUUUAAAUGGACUGCUGGUUCAGCAGUCAACUACAGUUCUUCAGAACCAUUCUCCUUGGUUUGGACUUCAGUAGGAAAUGUUUUAUUAUCUGAUGAGACGUGAUGGAGCUCCACGCUGCCCUGGUUCCUCGCCUUAAACCUGAGUUUCCAUGGAAGGUUGACGGUUCUCGGUGCAGACCAACAUCUGCACAACUUUGCCUGUUUUAUCUGCUGCAGUAUUGUGCAAAAGUUUUAAACCUGCCUCUCAGUACUUCCUGUUUUCCUUCCUGUGAUCCAGACGUUCCUGAAAUCUUUUCCACUCAGUUUCAGUCCAGACUUUGAUCUUUAGAAGAAUCAUACCUAGAAGAUGAUGUUCUCCAGUAGGUAAACAGUGUUUGAAAGUCAUGUCUAGAACCCGUCCUCCUGGAGAAGCUUUCCAUCAUCUAUCAGAACAUUCCAACUUGGAUCUGGGACUGACGUCUACUUUAGGUCGAGUUUAUUUUUGUUUUACGUCAGAAAAUAAGUGGCUACGUGUUGUGGUGCUGACUACUGUUGGCUAUACUAGGUUUUAAUAAGGUGGUUCUGAACAACCUGUGAACCCAAACUGUAAAACAUUUUAAAUAUGGUGGAUCUCUGUGAACCGUCUUCUCCGGGUCGAGGCAACAUCGCUGCCUUCAUGCUUGGAGUUUAGAGGAUUCUUUCUGAAAUGAUUUAAGGUCUGAGUUUAAACAUUUCUCUUGAAAUGGACCGGUACUGGACUGAAACUGGGUGAAAAGGAAGCCGGAGUCAUAGGUAAAUUGCUCUGGGUCACAAGUUCUCCGGGUUUAAGGGUCUUAUAAUGAUUUACAGGAACCAUCUGGAUCUUGGGAAUGAACUUAGAAGGAAAUGAGGGGGUUUGGUUUUGGAUCGGCUGUUUAAAAAGAUCCGAUCUCGUUAAAAUUGCUUUAAAUCCUAAGAUGAUUUUUGUUAAAUCCUGAAACAAAAUCAAAGCAACAAACAUCUUUUUGCCAAAGUGAUUUUAUUAGUAAAAGUCAGUGUUUGUUUUCAGCUCGAAGCUCCUCCUCCUCAGUAACUUCAAGGGUUUUAUUGUUUUCUGACACUAAACUGCAUCAUCAGACUUUCAGCUGAAACUUUAACAGGUUCAUUUCCUCUCGACCUCAUCAUGAAGGAUCAUCUAAAGCUCUUCAGACAUGAUGCAUCACUUUGAGACAUUUACAGUCGAUUAGCGGAUAUGUUCCUGAGCCAGAUCCUACAGAAUUCUGGAUAUUUUCCAUGUUCUGCUGCAGGUUCUCCAGAACACCUGCAGGAUCAUGUUGGUUUAAGUGCAAUCUAAGUCUUAGCCACUAGAUGGCUCCACUUAAGCAGAAGUCUUUAUCAUCUUUAAACCAGAACGGCCUGUUCUGGUUUAAAGAUGAUGAACAUCUGGACCUCUGAGAUGAUUCUGUCCUGGAGUUUCUGGACGGUCGGCCCUGUAGGACCAAGUUUUAGAUCCGAUGAAGAGUGAUGACAUCCUGACCUUCAUCCUGUCAACUAAAACCACUGAAGUCAUGUUGGGAAAACCUCUUAAUGAAUGUCGGUUAAUUUCUGAUGAACAUCUAAAGUUAUUAGAGCCUUUUGGAUCAGAACAAAUGAACUGUACAGAUGUGGAAACCAGAAUCAGUGCUGGUUCUGUCAUUCAGCUGUGAUCCAAACACAAAUGACUCCAGUUCUGUUUGUUUCUGGUACCGUUUGCAGGAACUGUUGCCUGUUUGUUGCAGAAAUGAAGAAAUGUGUAACAUUUUCCUUCAUGAUGGCUUUUUGUGUUGGGGAAACAGAACCAUUUACUGUUGGACCUGAGCUGCAAUCAGAACUUUCUGCAGCGAUCAUUAAAACCCUCUGAGCCAGAUUUUCUGCUCAUGGUUAAUUAAAAUGUUCCACAGUCAGACCAAAACAGACACAUUGAAGGUAUUUGGUUUUGUGGCCUUUAUGUUUAUUAUUUUGUCAAAGUCGGCAGACAGGAAGUGGGAAGGAGAGAGGGAAGACAUGCAGCAGAGGCCUCCGGGUCGGGACUCGAACCCGGGGCGAUAGGUCGCGCUACAGCAUGCACCGCGUCCUAUACUGAAGGUAUUUCUAAUAUUAUUUUACCGUUUUUAUUUUGAAGGACUUUUAUCAGUUUGAGUAUUUAUUUCUCUCCUGACGGCUUUCUGCGUUUGUUAAAUAAAACUUUUUGUCUCUUA